AGAGAAUUUUGAAAUUACCCUUAAACCUACCUUUCAGAAGAUUAAAGUUGGUUGCUUCAAAUGGUAAUAGUUCACAUAUCGCCAUCAUUAGGCUGGGCCAAACCCACGGUUCACGGUGGAGAAAGGAGGCCUAGAAGUCAUCGACGUUGGUGGGAGAAGUCAAGGUCUUUGGAUUGGAAGAAUCGUGGAGGGGUCAGUCCCAAGUCUACCUCAAAACACAAACUAAUGAGCAUUUGAGGCUAUGGUGCAAGAUUAUCUGAUAAAUUGCCUUGGAAAAUUCACCCAUCACCUUAAUCUUCUUCUUCAAUCAGUUGGAAUUGUGUUCUUCUCCGAUGAUUGAAUCAUAUGAUUGUUUAUAUCUCAUGGUGAAAGAAUGGGGUUUUUCCUUACAUUUUGAUGUAAUAUUGCUUCAUUGAAUUGAUCUCCGGGUUGCCCAUUUUUUUAUUUUUCUGAGCUACCCAUAUAGAGUUACAGUUGAAACUGGGCUUUUUCUGCCUAAUUGUUUGAUUUGAUAUUGCUUUAUUAAGUUAAUAUCUGGGUCACCCAUUCUUUGAUUCUUUGCUUCUUUGAUUUCUUUGACGUACCUUUGUUGAUUUACAGACAGUGGAAAAUGCUUUAUUGGAUUAAUGUCUAGUGCAUGUUAAGAACCUAUGAUGGCCAAAGAACCAGGGAGCAAGUGCAAAAGUUUAUUGAGAUCUGUAGAAGAGAGGGCAUUGUCCAAAAAGGUGGAGGAAAAGCAAGUACCCUAUCUUCCUAAAGAUUGUUUUUCUAACAUCCUUGUUCGGCUUCCUAUUGAAUCUCUACCAAGUUCAAGGUUGGUUUGUAAGCCAUGGUAUAAAUUGAUUAAUAGCCCCAUUUUCAUUGAUGCCCAUCUCCGUCGCUCUGAAGUUGUUCUAAUCUUUUUAACACCAAUUGUGAAACAAGAAACAUACUUAUACCCUUUUUCUACGAGAUCAAUCUCACAAGAGAAACCAAACACUUUCUCUGUUGAAGUAAACCUUCUUCAAUUGGAAUCCACCCCUCUUUUUCAUCAACCAGUCAUAGACCCCAGAAGAAAGUCCUAUAUCCAGUUCAUGGAGAUUAAAGAUGGAAAGAGCAAGAUUGGAGAGUUUAACAUAAGCUGCAUGGGCGAGAUUACAGCCAGUUUCAAUGGUCUGAUUUUGCUUGAAAACAAGCUGAAGAGAGGAAGAUUGGUAGUCAUGAAUCCUGUUACUCGGAAACUCACUGAACUUCCUCUAGGAACUUUAUCUCAACCCCAUCAAGAAUCUUAUGGCUUUGCAUUAAGCUAUUCUACAAGCGAAUACAAAGUGGUACACUUGUUUCAUGAUGAGUUGAGGUACAUCAAUUGUGAGAUACUGAAUGUUGGGACAAGAACUUGGAGACCAGUGAAUGGACCUUCUUUUGGGCUCAUUAGUUGGUUCGGGUACAAACCGGUUUCUGCCAUGGGAGCUCUGCACUGGGUUCCUCACAUCAACGACAAUGAUUACAUAGUGUCUCUGCACUUGGAAAAUGAAAAGUUCCACACUGUCCAGCUCCCAAAGAGUUACAGAACUCAUGAUGGAAUCGUUGAGAUGGGGGGCAGCCUAUGUUUUGUGUCUCAUGAUGAAGAAAUGCUCCAAAUCGGCAUCUGGAGCUUGAAGGGUUUGUCUGGGGAAGGUUGGACAAAGCAGCACUGCAUCACAACUGGCUGCAUACUGGACAUGGUUCCUCUGUUCAGUAUGCGAACGACUGAAGAAAUGGUGUUCAAGAGGGAUGAAGAUGGGUCCUUGUAUGCCUAUGAUUUCCAACUCCAGGUGAUGAGAAAGAUUGACAUGGAAACCCCAUUAUCUGACUGCUACCUGCCUCAUGUGAAUAGCCUUGUUUCAUGGUGUCCCAAGGAUUCGAGUGAAGAUGGGAAUUAUUGAAUAGCCUUUGUUUUAGGUAUUGUGGAUAGAUAGACAAGCUUUUGAAGUUACAGCCUCCCUUCGUUCUCAGCUGUGUUUUGGUUGGUAUGUGUUUUAUGAAAGGACAUUUUCUUGUAUGUGUAUAUAAUUAAAUGUUAUGAGAAAGUAAGUCUUGUUUGGUAA